AUGACUGAAGCCGUUAAACGCACCGUCACCAUUGCAAUCCGUCGACCGAGCAAAACUCCAGCUGUCUUUGUGGCCGCAUGCUUUACCGAACCGGCAUGGGAGCCUGUGGAGCUCACACCUCAGCUUCUAAGUUCGAAAGACGCACCAACUACCGAAGACAGCUCUACGCAGGUCGAGGAGUACGAGUUUUCAAAGAAAUUUGAGCUACCAGAGGGCAAAUACCAGUAUAAAUUCCGUCUGGGUACGGAUGAAGAUUCUUGGUUCUGUGACAACGACGUUGAGACAGUGGUCAAUGAUGAUGGAAUUUGCAAUAAUGUCCUUGUCGUAAACGAUACCUCCUCCACCUCCGCAACCGAAAGCUCCCAACAAACAAACGAUACACCCAAUGGCACCAAAUUGAAGGAACCAGCCCAAGAAGAAGAUGAUACCGAAGAAAAGGCUAAAAUCAUGGAAGACAUACCGGUAGACGUCGCUGUUGUUGACAAGUCUGACAAGGAAGUUCCCGUUAAUGUGGUAGGAGAAACCGCUCCAGAAGUGGAGAGACAGACAGACAACCAGUUGGACGCUCCCGAAGCUUCAGCUUCAAAAGGAAACAUCUCUGAGGAGAAGAGUGACGAAAAAUUGUCCAAGGAAAAUAUUGUCCCGGAUAGCGAAAAGACUGUGUCUGUCGAUACCACCGAAAUGAAGCAGGAACAGUCUUCGUCUGACAAGCCUGAAAAUACAAUGCUAGAGCCUACAAGCAAGGAACUCCCGGAAGAGUCCAAGGAAUCAGAAUCUCGAGCAGAAGAUUCUCAGAAUAGCCUAGAAACGAAGAAGGAACUCUCUGAGAAAGUCGAUGUAGUCGAAGUAAUCGACCCAGCUGAGACUAGCAAGGAAGAAUCCAAUGACAAAGUUGAAACCCUUCUUGUCCCCGAGUCUGAAACCACGGUUGAGGAGCCUAAGGACAAUACUGCUGGAGAUCUAAAAACUGUUCCAGCCGAGCCGGAAAACGAAGUUCUCGAAGCUGAAGUUGCGCCCGAGGCUCCGGCUAUUGAGCCUACCGAGGGCUCGACUAAAGAGGACAACCUGCCAGAAACCACCAAGAAAGACGCUGUCCCUGCCCAUGCUGAAGAGCCGGUUGUCGAGAAGGCAAAUGGUUCAAUUGAAGAGACUGCCAAUCCCGUGCCCUCUAUGGUAGUUGAAGAACCAACUGUCAUUGAACCAGAGGCUGUUUCUGAAGAGAAAAACAAGGAAGAACCAGCGGCUGAGCUAGAGAAAACCCCAGUGAAGGCCGAAGAGAUAGCUGAAUCUAUUUCCAUACCUGCGGUUGAAAAGGUAGCACCAUCCCCGGAAGCUAUAAAGGAAGAUACCCUGGCUACCAAAGAAGAACCGGUUUCUAUCGAGCCAGAGAACGUGGAAUUACCUCAGGAGGAAAAGGUUUCAGAUAAGGACGCAGAUCUUGUUGCCACAGAAGACGAAACCAAGGAACUACCGGCAGCCGAGCCUGAACCAGUUCCAGAUGCUGUAAAAGCUGACUCUGAAGUAGCCGCUGUACGCGAGGCAGAGGCUUCUGUCGAAGAGCCCAAAGAGCUCAUAGUCUCCAAGGAUAUCGUCGGUAAGGAGAUUGCUCCCGAUGACGCCCCUGGACCAGUCUCCGAGAAGCCCGCGGUGGGUAAUGAAGAACAAGAGAAGAGCUCCAACGAACCGGAGGCUACUCCUGAAAAGCCAAAAGAAAGUGCACCGGAGUCGGAAUCAACAUUGACCGAAUCAAAGCGUGAUACAGACGCAACCGAAAACUCGACAGUUGAUGGACUUGAGACACAAGGAGGUCCUGUAGAUACUGAACCUGAGGUGAUGCCCGGUGCACCCGACAAAGUUGUCUCCACUGAAGAUAGUGAAGUUCCUUCCUCAAAGGAGCCGGAGCCGGUCAUUGAGGCACCGGAAAACGAGGCCGAGGUGUCGAAAGAAACCUCCACCGAAAAGGACGACGGAACUACUGAAAAUGCAAAGAAAGAAGAGCCCCCCUUAUCAGUCCCAAUGCCCGAGGAAGCCAAGGAUGAAGCAGAAGAGAAAACAGAGCCCGUUCCCGCACCCGUAGCUACCAAUGAGGUUGAAGAUGUUACUGGGGGGGUUGACGAAACCAGUAAGGAAGCGGAUACCGCUAACGAAGAACCAGAUAAGGAUGCCUCUCAGCCAGUUGAAGAUUUGAAGUCAACGGAGGACGAUGCCCCAGUAGUGAAGGAGGCAGAGACCACAACGGAUGAUAAGCCGGUGGAGGAAUCAGCUCCGGAGGUACUCAAGGACAACACCAAAGAGGAGUCACAAGAACCUGCCCCGGGGCCAAACGCCGAAAUUGCUGUUGCGGCUGAUGAAGCCCCAGUAAACGAACAUCAAGAUAUCGCUUCUAUCGAGGAAGUCAAAGACUUGCCUGCCGAUGAUUCUGCGCCAGCUGAUUGCAACGCUCCGACGGUUGAGGAUGAGGCUGUUGUCUCAGAAAGCAAGGACACCCUCGAACCUGAAGUCAAUCGGGAUUCGCAUCCCACCGAGAAGAAGGAGGAAACUGAAGACAAGGCCGAUCCUGUCCCAGUGUCUGCUCCUGGAGCUCAGCCUGUUGCGGAAGAAGAUCCGGUCAAGGAGGUCCCUUCUAAGACAGAAGAUGAGACUAAAGAGGCGUCUGAGGUACCCGUUAUUGCUAACAUCGCAGGUGUUGAAGCACUUCAGAACGUCAAAUCUCAAGCUAAUCCAGAGCUCUCAGAAGAGGAAGCAGGUCAGGUGGCUCAGAGCUGUACUCCCGCUCCGGAACCCCAAGUGGAAGGAGAGACCAAAGUAUCCGAAUUGAAGGAGCCUGCCACUGAGGAACUAGCGCCCCUUGCUGAAGAACCUGCAGCAGCUAUCCAAAAGGAUUCUGAAAAUAGUGACUCUAAAGAGGAGGAUACAAGUGUCCCAGGAAAAGAAGUUGAAGCCGCUGGCGAACAAACAAAUAAGCCGGAAGAACAAAAGCUUGCUGAGCCGGAAGCUACUGGUGACGAUGCACCAAUUCCUGCUGCCACUGAAACCAAAAGCAAGGAAAUCGAUCUUCCCAGCGAAUCCACAAAGGAUGAAGUGGCUGCUACCACCGAAUCAUCGACGAGUCAAGUAGCGGACGAGCCUUCUGAUAAACCGGCUCCCGUAGCUUCGGAAGGGCCUAGAGAGCCCGAUGUUAGCGAGGAACCUAAGGAAGUUCAUGUUGAGACCGCCGUUGUCGGGGAUGCUAGCAAGGAAGCCGACGUCCAAGCCCAAGUUGAAGAUGCUGCUGUAGAUGCGCCAAUUGAUGUGCCUGAAGAGCAAAAGCAAGACGCAGAAGCUGUUGUCAAUGUGGAAGAGGCUCCCAAGGACGUUCAGAAUGACGUCACUGCAACUGGGGAAGAAGUUAAAUCCGAAGCGGAAAAGAGCUUGGACCAUGGCGUCAAAGUCGAUAACAAGCAAGCCGAAGAAGCUGUCGAAGAGGCGCCUGUUGCUGUGGAAGAGACAGUUGAGGCUGAAUCUGCACCGGAGACUGUUGCAGCGGACCCGGUUGCGGACGAGACUCCAGCACCGGAACCUGAGGCUACUGAAGAUGAAGCUCACAAGACUGAGACCGCUGAUGUGACCACCAUCGAAGAAAAGGACGUGUUACCAGAGGCCGCUGAGACUCCUGUUGUUUCACAGGACACUGAAAAGGAGAAUGCCACAGUUGAAGCUGAGAAACCCGAGAUUCCUACUUCGGAGGCUGUAACUACCCUCGCUGCCUCACCAGAGGCGCCAAACGACACUGAGACUCCCGGUAAUCCCGAUAAGUGCGCUACAACUGAGGCUGUCACACAUAAUAUUGAAGAAAACACAACUGUUCCUGAAAACGUACCUGAGCCUACUGGCACUGGCAGUGCGUCAGAAGGGACAACCAACAACCCGGCAGAAUCUGUUGCCGAUAAUGAACCUGAAGUGCCUACCAACAAGGAUGAGGUCACUAAAGAAGCUAUUUUAGACGAACAGCUUGUUGGUAGCACCUCUCCGGAAGGUAAAAACGACCCUAAAGCAGAGUUACCCAACGUUUCAGCAGACUCUAUUCAAGAGGCUGGCUUACAAGGGAAGCUUCAAUCAACUGAAGCCAAACCUGAUUUUGUGACGGAUCAUGCCAAGGUCGAGGAGGAUCAGCCAAAAGAAUCUUCUACCAGCAAGACCGAAGGGCAAGAGGAUGCUCACAAAACUAAUGGUGCUACAAUAGCUGCUGCUCUCGGAGCAGCUGCUGUGAUUCCUGGGGCCGCUUUCUUGGCAAAGAAAGCCUUUGAAUCUGGGGAAACUACUGAUAAGAAGACUGCCGCUGAUGAUACUCCUGAGGGUACGGAAUCGCUUAUCAGUAAGAAAGGAACUGUUGAUGAUUCCGAACAUAUCAAUAACGUUAUGGCCAAGGAGGAUUCAAAGGUUGGUGUAAAUGAUGAGUCCUCCAAUGGCACUAAAAAUGGUCCUAUGCAAGAAGAACCUGCUACCGCUGAAUCUACCUCGAAGGCCCAUGCGACAGAAGAAAAUGAUAAGGGCACAACCAUAGAAAAUACAUCGCUUCCUGAGCAAGUUAAGGAAUCUCCUGUUGGGAAGGAUGAUGCUCAAGAGACUGCCAAUGGCAAAGUCAUUGCCGAUGAGGAAUCCAAGAAGGCUACCCCCGAGACAUCCGCAUCUGCUGAUAUUGAGCCAAGUUCCAGCGCUGCUACUGCCCAUGCUAACGCUUCCACUGCCGCCACGACUAAUGGAACCAAGACCAACGGCACGAAAACCAAUGGAGUUUCUGAAGAGACUCGUCCUCCGACCGGCAACAAAUCUAUCACUUCACUGACAUCUCAGCGCCGAGAUAACUUCCUCAAGUAUAUAUGGCGCACUAUCUUCGUCAACUUUUUUGGAAGCCUCUUUGGAUUCCGUCGUCGCGACACCACCGCUUAA